AUGCACACAGUAGUUUAUCUCUUUAUUUUUUGCUUUUCUCUUCUGUCUUCUUCAUUUUGCUGCUGCACGCAAAUCGUGCAACUGCUGCAGCCUCAGACCCAAAGAGUUAAAUACCUUCACAGCAUAGAGCAGCAACAGCAGCAACAGCAGCAGCAGCAACAGCAACAACAGCAGCGUGAAGAAGUGCUGCUGCAGCUGCCAGCUCUCCAAAGCGUCGCCUCUGGGGGUCCUUCAAUCCGUUUGCUGCACCCGAAAUCUGCUGCAGCUGCAGCAGCUGCAGCAGCAGCAGCAACAGCGCUUGGCGGAGCAGCAGCGGCCCCUCCCAGAGGAGCAGGAGCAGCAGCAGCAACAACAGCAGCAGGAACAACAGGAGAAACAGCAGCAGCAGCUGCACAGGAAGCAAAGCAAGACCAGUGGUUAGCUCAGCGCUUAGCAGACUCUGUUAAUUGGAAGCGUCUCGUUCUUGAUGCUGCUGCAUUUUCUGCUGUCUUGGGAGCAGUGAAUGAAAUCAACUCCAACACGGGAUCGGGAUCGGGAUCGGGAUCGGGAUCGGGAUCGAGUGUGGGGUUGGUGGAUCUGCUGAAGCAGAGCGAAGUGCUAGCAGAUAAUCUCGAUCAGCUUUUAGGUAUGCUGCAUCGAAUAACAAGAGAAGCAGAAGCAGAAGAUAUCGGCUUAAGCCCUCAUGGUGUUAAACUCCUCACCAACACAGAAGAAGUCUUGAGUGCUGCUGGAGCAUUAGCAGAAACCCUUGAUGAGGCCGUUAGUGGUGAGGGCGCCGCUGCAAGCAGAGCAGCAGACGUCUUUCCCUCUGUUGCCUUGCGGCUAUCAACUGCCCUUCAAAAUUUUAAUUCUGAUGCAACAGCAAGAAAGCUGGCAAAUGCGCCUCCAGUAGGACUCAAACAGCAACACCGGCGCCAGCAACAGCGCAAGCAGCAGCAGCAGCAGCAGCAACAGCAGCAGCAACAGCAACGCCGGCAACUGCAGCAGCAGGGGCAUCAACAGCAGCUCUGCUGCAGCUGCAGAGCUGCAUCAACAGCAGCUGUGGCAGCACUAGAAGCAUCAACAGCUGCACGAUCAGCAGCAGCAGCAGCAACAGCAACAGCAGCACGAGCAGCAGCAGCAGGACGCCAUAUGGGGCGACGAAAUAAUGCAGCAGUAGAAAGAGCGCGAGAGGCGAUGCUUGCCUCAGCUGUUCCUAAACUAGAAGCAGCAGAUAGAGCAGCAACAACAGCAGCAGCACCAGCAGCAGCGGCGCAGGCAACUGCUUCUGCUGCUGCUGCUGCUGGCAUAUCAUGCAGUGCUGCAGCAACAACCGCAAGAAAAGCAGCUGCUGCGCUUCUCGCUUGUAGAGCUGCAAGCAAAAUGCGGUUUGCUUCGGGGUCAAACUACCAGCAGCAGCAGCAACAGCAACAGCAGCAUCAUCAGCAGCAGCAGCAGCCCCAACUUUGCUAUGAAGCAUCAAAGAGAAAAGCGAUAGAGAUCUCCCCGCGGCAGCAGCAGCAACAACAGCAAGAGCAGCAGCAGCAGCAGCUAUGGAAAGGAGAGCAGCAGCAUCCGGUGAAGAGGAAGCUUGAAGAACAGCAUCAGGAACAGCAGCAGCAUCAACAGCAACAGCAGCAGCAGCAGCAGCAGCAGCAGCAGCGACAGGCUGGCUGGCAACAGACCUUCCCUCGUGCUGCUACGCCUUCAUUCGUCUGGCUGCCACUCACCAUCCCGAUAAGGGAGGAUCUCCUGAAAAGUGAGAACAGACACAGCAGCAGCAACAACACCUGCAGCAGCAGCAGCAGCAGCAGCAGCAGCAGAGGCAGCAGCAGCAAGAGCAGUAGCAGAGGCAGCAGUAACAACAGCAGCAGCAGCAACAGCAUCAGCAGGAGUGGUAGCAAAAGAGGCAACAGCAACAGCGGCAGCAGAGGCAGCAGCAGCAGCAGCAGCAGCAAGCUAAUGGUUUUUGCUGCUGUUUUGUGUGUGCAGGUUCCGGUGUCUGUACACUGCCUACCGUAUUUUGAGUCUGUUCUCCCUCGUGCCUCGCUGAGCCCUCUACGCAGCAGCAGCAGUAGCAGUAACAGCAGCAACAGCAGCAGCAGCAGCAGCAGCAGCAGCAGCGAUGAGGACGACAGCAGCAGCAGCGUGGGCAGCCCAACUGCUGCUGCUGUUGUUUGCUUCGGUGUCUCCUCUCAGCAGCAUUCAGAUUUGUCUCUCUUUCGUUUGACUCUGCCUCCUCUGCGGGCGCAUUUAUACUGCCUGUGGCAGCUGUGUGGAUCCCUGCAGCGUGCUGCUGCUGCUGCUGCUGCUGCUGCUGGUGCUGGUGCUGCUGCUGCUGCUCCUUUUGCAUAUUAUAAUGCACCUUAUUGUCUCCUUCCUGUCUCUUCUUGUGCAUUUAAGACAAAUAAUUGUCUCCUUCGAGGAGACCUCUGGCAUCAGCCAGCGAAGAAAAAACAAAACAAAAACAACAAAUGCAGCACAAACGCAUGCACCCAGCAGCAGCAGCAGCAGCAGCAGCAGCAGGAGGGGCAGCAGCAGCAGGAGCAGCAGCACCACAUUCAGCAACAGCAGCGAGACAAGCAACAGCCACAGCAGCACUACAAGCAGCAGCAACAGGUGCAGCGAGAUCAGGAGCAGCAGCAACAGCAGCAUCCCAAACGGCAACAGCAGCAAGAGCAGCAGCAGCAGCAGCAGCAAGAUAAGCAACCACAGGCUUCUGCUUGGCUAGCUACCCUCCGUCAUCAGCUAGCUGUCUCCAAGGAGACAGCUAGUUGCGGUUUUUUGUAUUUGCAGCUGCUCAAUGGCUACUGCAGCAGCAGCAGCAGACGCAGACGCAAUGCACACCGUGAUUCUUAUCCUCUGCUGCUCCUGCUGCAGCAGCAACAACCGCAGCAGCAGCAGCAGCAGCAGCAGCACAUUACAACCAGCGUAAGACCAUCGGCCCAGCACAUCGCAUGGCUUCUGCUGGUCCUCCAAGCUCUGCAUCAGCAGCAGCAGCAGCAGCAGCAACAGCAGCAGCAACAGCAGCAGCAGCAACAGCAGCAGCAACAGCAGCAACAGCAGCAGCAACUGCAACAGCAACAGCAGCAGCAAGAAGCACCACUUGUUUUGCGCGUUGAUACGCCUUACUACAUUAAGGAGGAGACUGUUGAUAGCUGCAACCAACUAUGA